UUUUGCUAAAAAUGUGAUGCUCACCUUACCUGAAUGACGUGUCGCCACUGCAAGACUAGAGCAGGAAACGAAACCGAAAGUGGCAAGAUUGGCAUGCAGUCAGGAAUUUAAACCUACGCGCUAGGUUUCCUAAGCAUACGGAGUAUUCCUGCAUUUGUCUGGCAGCAGCAGCUCAUUUCAGCAGAGGUGUAUUUAACAGCAGUUUCGUUACUAUGGAUGUUAACCCUGACUCCCCAUACUACAUCAACUUGCUUGACAGAAAGUCUCAUCCUGAAGAUCAAAGAGAAUAUGUGAUGUUUCAUGGCUGCUCAAAACAGGGCGCAGAGUUGAUUAAAAGGGAAGGUUUCAAACCAUCAAGUGCAGAUAGAAUGCUUGGUGCUGGUGUUUAUGUUAGUCGGGACAUCCGAAAAGCCUGUAAAUACCCUCUUGAUGUUCCUGACUCUGAGAAAAGAGUACUAAAAGUCAGAGUGGAUGUCGGCAAGGUUAAGGUCAUAGACAUGCAGAACCACCCCAUGCAGAAGACAUGGCACACUGUGCAUGGCUUUGACACUGCCUGGGUUCCUCCUAAUGUUGGCAUAGUACUGUGUAACGAGGAGGAGGACUGUGUCUAUGACCCAAAGAGAAUCAAAGUCAUCGAGGUCAUGAAGGUUACUGAAGAUAACUUAUCUCAGUAUGAUCAUCUUCAGAGUGGAGUCACCCCUGAGGACAGCCACGUCUACGUGAUGUAUCAUGGAACAUCAAAACAGAUUGCUGUGGAUAUACAGAGAAAUGGAUUCAAACCUUCCAAAGAUGGCAUGCUUGGUGCCGGUGUCUACCUCAGUCGAGACAUCAGAAAAGCCAUCAAAUACCCCAUUGGUGCCGAUGACUCAGACAGGAUGGUUCUGAAAGUAAAGGUGAAUGUUGGCAAGGUUAAGGUGAUAAAAUGUCAGAGACACCCCAUGCAGAAGACCUGGCACACUGAGCAUGGCUUCGACACUGCCUGGGUUCCACCUGGUGUUGGCAUGGUGCCGAGCAACCAAGAGGAGGACUGUGUUUUCGACCCAAAGAGAAUCAAAGUGUUGGCAAUGCUGAAAGUGCCCAACUUAAAGAAUGUAAACCCAUGGUUGAAACAUCUACUGCAAAACUGAUGGUGUUCUGCAUUCAGAGGGAGCAUCAACUCAUGGUCAUCAGAAGAGGAUGGUGUCAGGUUCACCUAGGGGUCAUGAUUGGGGCUGUACCAAAUGAUUGAUGUAUUAGAAUAAUUGAUUAUGCUUAUGUUGUAUUAAUAGAAGGGGAGGGGUUAUAAGACCCCUCUUUACAUUUAUAGGGUCCUAGACUACAGAUUAACAAUAUAUAUACACAUUGAGGUUUGAAUGUUGUUCCACAGUUGUUUUCUAGUGUUCUCUCUCUCUCUCUCUCUCUCUCUCGCUCUCUCUCUCUCUCUCUCAUAAAGAGACCCCUCUGAGAAAUGUGUGACUGAGACUACUCAGACAUUCCACUAUAAUCAAUUUGGACAUUUACUGCUAAGCUUUUAGAUAACACACUAAAAGCCUUGUUUAUAUAGCUUUGUAGGCAUGGUUUUGGUCUCAGGAGUAAAAGGUAAUGACAUAGGCAGUGACAUCACUAAAGGCUGGACUUUGGGUUUGAUAAAAUAACAUGGGACCUUUUCUUUGAUGCAGAACUUACUCAGAAACAUGCAUGCUAUGUUCCUGAUUGUCAACUUCUGUCUGCAAUUGCAUUAAUAAAGGUUUUUGCAUGAUUUAAUUAAA